AUGGAGAACCACCCGUUGCUUAUUCCUGAACUCCUCGAGCUUGUUCUAUGGGAGCUGCAUACCUCUCGACAGGACCUCAUUCGCUGUUCCCUCGUUACGCGCGCCUGGACUUUCCCCACCCAAGCCUAUCUAUUCCGCUCACUCCAUUUGUCCAAUCGGCAUCCAAUUGAGCUUUCUCCAGCUGCCGCCAACACUCGCCUGCCAUCACCAGAGUGGAAACUUCUCGCUUCGGCACUGAACUCUAGUCCACAUCUCAUACUACAUGUUCGUCGACUCCGAAUCACCCUGGAUCUCUUGCAGCCCGAUGAACAGCCUGAGACUGGUGGCAUUUCGUUCGAGGACGCCAUCGAGAGCCUGAGCAAUAAUGUUGAUGCUCAUAAUGCCCCUGUCGAAGCACUGGUACUCAACAUUGCGAAUGGCGCUGGAAAUGUUUCCCCGCGCUACCUUGCCGCGCUGCGAGGAUUGCUGAGCGUGCCUCGUCUUCAAGCCGUUACGUUCUCAUGGGGUCACCUCCAAGCCGACAACUUGGCCACUCUUUGGGAAAACUGUGCCGCGGAUAUUCGCCAUUUAGAGUUCAUCUACUCGCCGGGGAGGGGGAGCAACUUGAGGGCUGCACCUGCCCCAGAAGACCGGGACCAAAUCACGCUGGAAUCGCUGUCCACCCCACGUCUCGACGAGUUUUCCUCGGCCAUGGGCUGGCGGUUCGAUUUCUCCAAGCUCAAGACGAUAUCGACGUUCUACACCGACUUUACAACACAACAGCUCUAUGCGACGAGUUUCACGGCUGUUCGGGAACUGCGUCUGCGGCUUCCGAGCCCAGCAUCGGGCUUCAUGUUACCCACCGAGACCUCCGGGUCGCGUGAGUCAAGAACUGUUGAUCUAGCCGCUCUCCCAAACCUGACUUUCCUGGGACUGUCGUUCACUGCCGUCGCGGAGCCAAUCCAAACAGCCAUCAAAAUACUCUCCACACUCGCAAAUCCCUCCCGGGUCCUCAAAACGAUCCAAUUCACGCCCCGCCCGCAGGUUUGGGAGCCUGCACAUUCACCGCCGCGGCCUCUUAACCCAAACUUGGCCGAAGUGCGGGCGCUGGAUGACUGCCUUGCGGCGUUCCUUGCACCGGUUGAGCUCUGGGUCUUUCUCCCACCAUCUACGCCUCCCAACGUCUGGCGAUCAUGGCUACGCGGUUUGCCGAAAACUCACGCUAGAAGCAUGCUCUGUAGAGCGCAUAAGCGGUGUGAUUGUUGUCGGCGACCCUCCGAUAUUGUUGGACAAUUGUGA